AUGAGCACUUUUACGGUAAACACGUGGAGUAUGUUCUUGUUAUCUGAUGGGUCAACCGAUGUAGAUUUUCGCCACUCCCACUCUAUUAAAACAGAUACUAUUUUUACUAUUCCUGCUAUUCCUGCUAUUCCGCAUAAUAUCUGCAAUCAUAUAUUUAAUGGCAAUGUAGGCGCACCGGUUCAUAAAAAGUUACAGAAUGGAGCCAAAGUACUGGAAUUUGGUUGUGAGACUGCCAUUUGGACUACCGAAGUCGCUGCCGAAUUUCCGGAUUCGGAAUUUUAUGCAGUUGAUUACACCAUAUCUUCAGAUUCUAGUGAUAACAAUAAUAAUAAUGUUACAUUUAUUGAAUGUGAUAUUCUUAAAAAAAAGCUGCCAUUCCCCGAUAAUGAAUUUGAUUAUAUUUUUUCUAGAGAUAAAUCGGUUAUCUUUGGGAAGGAUUAUUUUCAUGAUGUCUUAUCAGAACUCCUUAGAGUAUUAAAGCCGGAAGGUUGGUUAGAGAUUGGAUAUUCAUGUGCUCCAGGGCGUAAUUUUUCACCAGCACUUGGACGAUUGCUUUUCGGACUUUUUUCAUGGGCCAAGCUUCAUAACAUUGAUACUAAUUUAAUGACGAACUUUGAAAGUCACCUUAAAGAGACUGGAAAAGUUGAAAUUGUAGAUCAACAAGUUACACAAAUUACGUCCCGAGCUGACUAUUAUUUUGGAGAAGUUGCUCGCGAAAACGCUUUAAGUUAUUUCAAUCUUACUAAAGAUGUGAUGGCUCCCUUUAUGAAAAUGACAUUUGAAGAAUUUGAUAUAUUGUUAAAAGAUAUUGAAAAUGAAAUGAGACAGGAUGAUGGGGUAGUAUUGCAGCAAAAGAGAGUAUUUGCCAAAAAGAAGAACGAAAUCAUGCAUACUGUAGAACCAUAUCGGCUUUCUUUAAAGAGGCAGCAAUCAAAUAAGGAAAACUUUUAA